AUGUGGACCUUCCUGGGGGUGGCCACCUUCACCUACGUCUACAAGAAGUGCGAUGAGCUGCUCAGCUCCCCCCGGCUGGAGGUCAUGGUGGCCGUGGUGCUGUGCUGCACCGCCGGCCUGCUGCUGUCUUUGUUCCGCUACCGGGGCCGCUGGGGGGCCAGAAACAGGGGGCCCCGGGAUUAUCUCCAGACUCUUCAACCUGAACGGCCCUCAAAAUCAGCGGGGGGAACCCGGAAUACAGGGGGGCAAGAAGAGCAAAACGGACAAUAACAUUCAUGGGUCUGUAGUCUCAAAUGGAGCCACUGUAUCUGGGACCAUGACAAGCGAUGAGCCGGAAGUCAUCAUUGUGGGAUCUGGAGUGCUUGGCUCAGCACUGGCCACAGUGUUGUCUAGAGAUGGCAGAAGAGUGGUCGUCAUAGAGAGAGACUUGAAGGAACCCGAUCGUAUAGUGGGGGAGCUACUGCAGCCAGGAGGUUAUCAGGCCCUGAAAGACCUUGGCCUUGGUGAUGCAGCAGAAGGUUUGGAUGCUCAUGUCGUACAUGGAUAUGUUGUCCAUGACAUUGAAAGUAAGGCAGCAGUGGAGAUUCCUUAUCCAAAGAAUGAGAAGGACCAGCUACAAUGUGGGAGAGCCUUUCACCAUGGUCGCUUCAUCAUGGGGCUUCGCAAGAUGGCCAUGGCUGAGCCAAACGUUCGGUAUAUUGAGGGGACAGUUCUGCAAUUAAUUGAAGAAGAUGACGCCAUCUUUGGAGUCCAGUACAGGGACAAAGAAACAGGGGAUGUGAAGGAACUCCAUGCUCCACUUACCGUUGUUGCUGAUGGACUUUUCUCCAAAUUCAGAAAAGAUCUUAUUUCUGGCCAGGUCAAAGUUUCCUCGCACUUUGUAGGAUGCAUUUUAAAGAACUCACCCCAGUUUAAGCCUCAUCAUGCAGAGCUUGUCCUGGCCAAUCCCAGUCCAGUUUUGAUUUAUCAGAUAUCAUCCACUGAGACUCGGGUCCUUGUUGAUAUCAGAGGGGAAAUACCCAAAAAUCUGAAAGAGUACAUGCUGGAAAACGUCCUGCCACAGAUGCCUGAUCAUCUGAAGGAUCCAUUCCUGUAUGCUGUAGAAAAUGAUCGACUGAGGACAAUGCCGGCCAGUUUCCUCCCACCCUCACCUGUCAACAAGCAAGGGGUUCUGCUACUGGGGGAUGCAUACAACAUGAGACACCCGCUAACAGGUGGUGGAAUGACAGUUGUACUGAAUGACGUGAAAAUUUGGAGGAAUCUCUUACAGGAUCUUCCAGAUCUGAAUGAACAUUCACAAAUACUGCAGGCUAAGAAGAGGUUUUACUGGUCCAGGAAGAAGUCCCACUCAUUCGUAGUGAAUGUUUUGGCCCAGGCUUUGUAUGAGCUGUUUGCUGCUACAGAUGACUCUUUGUACCAGCUGAGAAGAGCGUGCUUCAAUUACUUCAAGCUGGGAGGAGAAUGUGUGGCCGGCCCCAUAGGUCUUCUCUCUGUACUAUCCCCCAAACCCACGAAGCUCAUCGGACAUUUCUUUGCCGUCGCCUUUUACGCCGUCUACUUCUGCUUCAAGACGGAGCCUUGGUUAACAAAACCCCGCGCCUUUCUCAGAAGUACUGCCGUCCUAUACCGAGCUUGUUCUGUCAUCUUCCCUCUCAUCUACUCAGAAAUGAAAUACUUGGUUUAUUGA